AUGCCUGGCUCAUCGCCGCUCGCGCCGCUGCGCCGCAUCGGCGACGACGUCUACCUCUACGAGCCGUCGGGCCCGGCCGAUCCGAGCUACCGCGGACCUUCACUCAUCGUCAUGACGACGUGGCUCGGGGGCGCCUCGGCCAGGAAUAUCGGACACUACGUCGCCGGGCACCGGACGCUGUUUCGCGAGGCGGCCGUGCUGCUCGUCACGGCGCGGCUGUCCGAGAUUACCGUGACGCCGUUUGCGCGGAUGCACGCGCGACUGCAGCCCGCGCGGGACGUUAUUGCACGACAUGUCCUGUGCGGCGGCGGCCGGCUGCGCGACGACGACAGCCAAGGGGACGGCAACGCUGCUGCGGCCGACUCGUCGCCGUUUAUAUUGUGGCACAUCUUCUCGAAUGGCGGUCUGAACAUGGCGAUUCAGCUCGCCCGCAUCACACGGGAGGCCCUGGCCACCACCGGGCUGACCGACUCCGCGGAACUCGACAGGGCCACGGGCGGCGUCAUCAUGGACUGCUGCCCGGGCGACAGCUCGCUGAGUCGGACGCUCCGCGCGGCCGCCUACUCGCUGCCCAACACGUGGGCAGCGCAGACCGUCGGCCGACUGCUUCUGCUCCCGACGAUUGCGGUGCUGUUGGGCGUGCAGAACGCGGGCCUCCUCGGCCGGGGCCGCUCACUCGCCGCUCUGUACCGCGGCGCGCACGACCCGGCCGUCUUUGGGUCUAGCGUGCGCCGUCUCUAUCUGUACUCGGUCUCGGACGAUCUGGUGCCGUGGCGGUUCGUCAACCAGCACAUGGCUGAGGCGCAGCAAAAGGGCAUCGUUGUGGACGGCGAGGCGAUCCCUGGCGGACGACACUGCGCACUGCUGCGAGGUGAUGCGGGCAGGUACUGGCGGGCCGUGGAAAGAUUCUGGGGCGCAACGCAAGAGCAGGCGGGGGUACCGCCGACAAGUGAUACCAGUGAUGCUGGUGUAAGUGGUAGCAGGGAUUAUGAGGAGAUGGAGGUCAUGCUCCCAGUUACUGGAAUGCUGCGGAGCCGUCUCUAG